AAGUGGCGAGGAUAAGGUAUAUUUUGUUUUACAAAAUAUUUUGAAGGUGAAGAUGAAAGAAAUUUGACAAAAAAACAAAAGGAAAGCACCAUGGAUGUGGCCAUGCAGAUAUACAGUGCGAAGCGUCUUCUUGUCUUGCGAGAUUACAAGACGUCUUUAGAGAAGUGCGAGGAAGGACUUGAAGCGCUUCAAAAUGAAGAAGAAGUUGAAAGAAUCAGUGUUUUAGACGAAGAGGAUGGUGUGGAGAAGGCUCGGAUUGCAUUUGGUGUUCUGGCUUUACAAGGACUUACGUUAGAUGGAAGAGAAAAUGAGAUGGAUGCAUUUGCAGGAAAAUGGUUUGGAUGUAGUAGAAAUUUUCCUUCUGAAAUUUUACAGAUCUGUGCUUGCCAUCACCUUCAAAUGCAGGAGAGUCAAUUAGCUCUAGAUUUACUGGAAGAAUGGUUGAGUGAAGAACGCAAUCACAACAGCAGUGGUCUUAACAAAGUGGCUGAACUCUAUGUUAGACAUAUCUUAUUACCAUUGAAGGAAAUUGAGAAAGCUGAAACUUUCUUGGAAGAAUUUAAAGCCAUAUCCAGUGAGAAUAAGAAGGAGCUCAUAAUGUACAUUUCAAAGAAGAAAGAGGAAUUAAGCCAACCAGUGACUGAUGAAUAUGAGAUAAACACAGAUGUGUCAGACCAAUCUAGCUGCUCAAGUUCUUCAGAUGAAGUUGCAGCAACUAAAAAGGUGUUGUCAAAAGGUCCCAUCCUUGGUCUGUUCUUGAAAGUUUUCAAAUUUUUUAAAACUAUAAAACAAAUGGUGAUAAACAAUGCUUCCAUGAAAACUGGACUGUUAAGCUGUGCACGUCUUGUGGUGUUGGCCUUCUUCUUGUAUAUUAUUUUUUUAAGAACUUAUUUGCCUGGUGAUGUAUUUAAUGGCAGAGGUUCAGGCUCAGUACUUUUGUGGAAUGCAGUAAAGCAAGUUUGGAGUGCUCUAUUUGCACCUUACCACAUGAUACAAGCUGCAUAAGCAUUGCUGCAAAAAAUAUUAUCAGAGGACACAACUAAAAUUGGUCAUGAAUUCAGAAGCGUUACACCAAGAAAAUACAAUUUUUCUCCACCAAAAGUAAAAACUGAUCCAUGACUGGCCUCAAUGAUCAUCUCGGUAGAGAAGUCUGGCCGAAGAUGCAUUUGGCAAAUCCAGACAAGUGCUAUUUUUGACCUGAUAUUGUCAAUCAACUGGCCAUCAUUUUGAGCCCUGUGCAUGUCUCCACAGAGACCAGGGAACAUGUGCUCCUGGGCCUGGUUGUACGAAGGCUGGAUAGCGCUAUCUAAUAAUUAAAUCUUAUCCAUUUGAUAAAUUUAUUGGAUAACAGCAUCAAUUUAUCCACUGGAUAAGGAUUUAUCUGCUGGAUAGCGCUAUCCAAGCUUCAUACAACCUGGCCCUGGUGGGAAUAUUCAAAUAAAUGAAAAAAUGCUCAAGGGUGAAUAAACAAUAACAUGUA